GAACAUAUUAGUGAUUUGCUCCUCUCACCUGCGCUAUCGUGGACGAUGUCUUUUCAAGGAUUAAUAUCAGGAUCUGAAUGUGGAGUCCAGUCAAACCCACUUUCUCAAGUACUCAAGCACACCGAGGGGGACAGAAGCUUGCAACAGGAUAGAAUUUCUGGACCAUCCUCUUCACGGCUCCAUCACCUCCCCGGGACUGCCCCUCAGCAAGCCAAUGAUCACGAUGUAGCCAUGGCAAGGCAGUUUUUUGAGGCCCAACAACCCGGACCUGGACAAAACUUCACUCUUCCGCCACAUAUACACCCUGCUGAGCUCCUGCGUCUUGGUGAACUCAAUGGCCGCCCUGAUCUGAAUGAGGCUUGGAUGAGGGAACAGCAAUAUAAGUCGGUGCUUCAAGAGCCGAUGUCUCAAUCAUCCUGGGCUGCAGAGUUUGGUCACAGCGCUGAUCAGAUACAACCUACAGCUGUCCCAGAACAUAAUAUGUCAGUCCAACAACGUCCUUCGUAUAUGGGCAACAGUGGAAUGUAUGGGGGUUCUAUGCCUUAUGGAAUAUACGGUGGUGCUAUGAACCAGAGUUCAUACCAAGGUUUCAGCAAUAAUUAUGCUCUUGCAUCGGAUCAGGCCAAAGGAAAGGGUAAAAGUAGAGAGGUGGACUUCGAAGAAGCGUUUGCUCAAGCAGCAGCGUCUUUCAAUCCAAUUCAGGCAGAAACUUCGAGGAUUGUAGAAGUCGAUGAGAGCGUAACAGACAUAGAGCAAGCCCUGAGAGGCACUGUACUGGAAGACGACACAAAGACGGGAGUGCUUGGCUCGGACUUUCCAACAGUGUGGGAACACUUGCAGCAGUCGGGGGUCCCGCCUCCGCACGAAGAUAUGGCAAAGUGGGAGGCAGAAUUUAAUCAGCUGAUGACAUCGCAGAGAGAGGAAAUAGACCAUGAUUAUAGCACUGCUAUGCAAGAUACUUGGGAGAGUGGUUUAGGGGGAUUCGGAGAGCACGGGUUUGUGGAGGAGCCGCAAAAGUUUGAUGAUGAAGGUUUACCCAUCCUGAGCGAGUACAUUUUCGAAACUUCUAACAAAUACCUCGAUCCAUCCACAUCUACUCGGUCCCCUCUUGGUGAGGCCAAACUUCUCUUGCAGCAGAAUGGCUCGUUGUCAGAGGCAGCACUACUACUUGAAGCCGCCAUUCAGAAAGGUGACUUAGGUGAAGGGGGCUAUGAAGCUUGGAUCCUUCUGGGGGAAACCCGAAACAUGGAUGAACGUGAAGAUCUUGGAAUGCGGGCUCUUACCGAAGGUGUAAAAAGAGCUGAAGCUGCGGGUGCCGACGGUGCAGGCAUGCUAUCACUUGCGAUAUCAUAUACCAAUGAGUCAUACGACAGGGGUUCAUACACGAUGUUGCUGCGCUGGCUGAGAGCUCGAUUCCCAACUUAUGCCAUCCCAGAAGAAACUGGCAAGGCCGUUGCUUCAAAUUCUACAUGGGACUCGCAUGGUAAAUUGACUGAUGCUUUCCUUGGCUUGGCACGAUCGCAGUUUAGUCAGGGGUUGGUGGACCCAGAUGUGCAAAUUGCUCUCGGGGUACUUUUCUACAAUACUGGAGAGUAUGACCGCGCAAAAGACUGCUUUGAGAGUGCAUUAUCUGGACGACCUCAGGAUUACCUUCUAUGGAACAGACUAGGGUCAUCUUUAUCGAACGGCAACAAGCCAGAGGAAGCCCUUGGUGCAUACAGAGAGGCACUCCACUUACGUCCUACGUACACUCGUGCAAUCUAUAAUGUUGGAGUAGCAUGUUUGAAUAUAGGCGCACAUCAAGAGGCUGCGGAGCACUUUUUGAGUGCUUUGGCAAUGCAAGAAGCUACAGGGGGUGGACAAACUAGCGAUCAACUUUGGUUUACCCUGAGGCGCACUUUCUUGUCAAUGGACCGAACUGACCUUGCGGAAAUCGCAAAGCCCGAGAGUCACCCGACCCUGGAGUUGUUCCGUCAGAAAGGUUUUGAUUUUUAGAUAAGAUCCCGUAGUAUGCCUAUUGUUCACAGCAUGCAGACACUGCCGGUACAGAAGCGGACAACAAUGGAUAUAGACAUCUGUUUGUACAUAGGGGAACAGCUGACACUUGCGUUAACAUCUUAACUACCGUCAGUACUUUUGUGAAAGUCGGUUCCUUGGUGCAAGGGUUGAUCGCAAGAGAUAACUGCGGAAGUGUCAACAGGAUGAGGUAUUCCAAUCUCCAUUGUCUGUGUAAGCAUGUGCUAGCAUGAAAGCUGUCGCAGCAUAGCAUACGCUGCAAGUUCGCGUGCUCUUCUCAGGAAGGUAUGCUCGAUCCAGGGUAAAGUUAGGACGACAGACAUGCCGAAAGAUGAUCUCUGGAAUUCGUUAGCUUCUUUGAUGUGUGAUCCACGCCAGUGGAGUGGGUAGCUGGAGCUACGAGGCCUGAAUGAACUACUUUAGUCGAGAUAGUUGUGCUAGAAACGAACUUGGAACUGCUUC